AUGACCGAGCCUGGCGAACCCCCUGUUACUGAGCAACCGCCCAACGCAAUCUUGACCGACUCCCGCCCGAUACCCGACUCCCGCGAUGACGGCCGGGAAGCAUUGGAGCUUCAUUCGAUCCAAACGCACGAAGACAACGAACUGGAUUACUCGACCCCAUCGGGUUCGUCUGGCGACGAACAUCACGUGCCCACACAUCGGACUACGUCUCAAGCGGAUUCCCGGCGCAGACGCGAAGCCCGCAGUGGUCUUUGGGGUCAGAUCUGUCGGUUCUGGGCUAGACAGGUUAUUAUAACCGUGCCACAGAAGAGUAACCGAGAUCACUUUGCCCUAGAAAGAACGUUCCUUGCGUACAUCCGUACGUCCACGGUUAUCGCUAUGCAAGGAGUACUCAUUGCUCAACUUUUCCGUCUACAGCGACCAUUAGAAAAAGUCGAUCGCUUGUCGUUUCACGAAGUCGGUAUCCCGCUUUCGGUUACAUGUCACUUUGUGGCUGUCAUUGUCGCCUUGAUAGGUGCGUUCCGAUUCUGGAGACAACAAAAUGCUAUUGCCCGUGGGAAAGUAUAUGCUGGGGGAUGGGAGUUAAACUCGGUGGGAAUUUUCUUAUUCAUGAUUAUUGUGGCGACCUUGGUUCUUACUGUUAUCAUCUCAAUCCAAGUCAAUUUGAACCCCAGCGCGCUUCCUUAUCGAAUAUUAUGGUCGUGA